AUGUCUGACUUUGGCGGUGACGACCAUGACGACCGUGAGGAGCCAGGUCUUGACUAUGAGCCAGCCGAAGACUUCUUUGACGAUACUGUGGUCGACGACUUUGCGGUAGAGGACCAGCAAGAAGAAGGCUACGCAAUCCUGAACGGUGAUGGACAACCUGCGACUACCAACGGACAGAACAGCGACCCUAAUGCCUCCUCUGGCCAGGGCCAAGGGAAAACCAUAUUGCAACAACGUGAGAAGAAGGUUGCCAAUGACCAACGGACUACGACCCCGUACAUGACCAAAUACGAGCGGGCCAGAGUACUAGGCACCCGUGCACUACAGAUUAGCAUGAAUGCUCCUAUCCUUGUUGACCUAGAAGGUGAAACUGAUCCGCUACAAAUUGCCCUGAAAGAGCUGAACCAGAAGAAAAUCCCAUUGAUUAUCAGGAGAUAUCUCCCGGACGGGUGGUAUGAGGACUGGACAUGUGAAGAACUCCUUUGA